UUAAAACUGUAAAUAGAAUUGCUGAUGACAGUUGCCUAAUUGAUUGCGAUCAUUAUGAUCUUAUGCUCUCUCAACGAUGGUUAAUCAGUGUGACAAAAAGUGAUAAGACCCAGAAAGUUCGCUCAACCUGGGAAUCGAACCUCGGACCUUGUGCAUGCAAAGCACACCUUAACCACUGGGCCAGUCGGGCACAACCAUGGUUAGAAAUUAGAUCCUCUCCUCGAGCAGUUAUAUGGGGAAGAGAGUCGAACCCUGAACCCGGGUGGUCCCUGCCUGCUUGACAUACUUUGUGGAUCCUGCUAAACUCUUCCGAUCCCACGGCACCCAAACUGGGGAUCUUCAGAGGCGGUGCUCUGCUGCUCAUCAUGACUUCGCUCCGCCUCUCUUCGCGGAAUAAAUACCCUCGACCUUCUCCUCCCCUUGGAGCUUUCCCUUCUUUAUAACAGAUAGAUUCUCCUCUCCUUCAGAAGCAUCAUGUAUCCCCAUCAUAACCGCCCUCCAUAUCCUCCUUACACAGGCCCGCCGCAGGGCUACAAUCAACAACCGAACCCAUCACCAUUUCCUCCUCAGAACCAGCAACACAUGGCCUCGCCGCCUUACCCGAACCAGCCUGGCUACCCUCCCUACGGCGCUCCACAUCCCAAUCAGCCUCCAUAUCCUAAUACCCCACCGGGCGCUCCUCCAGGUCGACAAGAUAUGUACCACGGGGGUCCACAAGGGUAUUCGCAAGGCUUGCCUCCUCCCCAAGGCGCUCCUCAUGGACCUCCACAAGGUAUGCCUCAAGGAUCAUUCGGUGCAGCACCUCCCUUUCCACCUCACCCCGCCGCUCCACCACACCCUCAACUUUAUGCCCCGCUUGCAUCCGUGCCAUCGUUGGGCUACGUUCGAGGUCAACAAGCAAAUGGAGACUUCCGACCCCAAGCCGAUCAGCUCCGUCGCGCAAUGAAAGGCUUCGGGACAGACGAGAAGACCCUGAUUCAGGUUCUCGCCAAGCUAGACCCUCUCCAAAUGGCCGCCGUACGAUCCACCUACACACAGCACAUCCGACGAGAUCUCUACAAGGAUGUCAAAGGCGAGACAAGCGGCUACUUUCGUCGGGGUCUCCUAGCCAUCAUUGAUGGCCCGUUGCAGUACGAUGUAGCCUGCGCCAGAGAAGCUGUCGAAGGCAUUGGCACGAAGGAAUGGCUUCUCAACGACAUCCUUCUAUCCCGGUCCAAUGCUGAUAUGAACGCCAUAAAGGCCGCUUAUCAGCAAACAUACCACCGCGCUCUCGAAAAGGACGUUGAAGGUGACUUGUCAUUCAAAACCCGGAAUUUGUUCUCCCUGGUUCUUCGCGCCACUCGACACGAGGAAUCAGCCCCAUUAGACCCGCAACUUAUCGAAGCAGAAGCCAAGUCUCUCCAUCAAGCAACGGCUGCGCGAAUGGUCAACAAUGUUGAUGAAGUAUGCGGUAUAAUAGCCAGGGCCUCGGAUAACGAGCUUCGUGCUAUCAAUCAUGCGUUCUAUACCCGGUACAAUAUCCACUUGACCAAGCAUAUCGAGAAAGAGUUUUCUGGACACAUGAAGGAUGCACUGUUGCAUAUGCUCGGUGCUGCGUUGGAUCCGGCCAUGCACGACGCGGAGCAACUCGAAGACUGCAUGAAGGGGAUGGGAACCAAGGACGAGAAACUGGUGACCAGAGUAGUCCGCAUACACUGGGCACCUGGGCACUUGGAUCAGGUGAAACGGGCAUAUCGCCAUCGGUUCCAGAAAGAUCUUAUCGAGCGGGUCAGGGGGGAGACGAGUGGUGAUUACCAGCGAUUGAUGGUGGCGUUAUUGCAGUAGCAGUACUUCCUUUGCUAGCGCUCUUCUUAAUGUUUACUCGACGAAACAGCCAUGGCUUACGACUGGGUACGGGUAUGGUAUGGUGCGGCUGGGUUUGUAUUUGUAGUUUUCAUGGGCGAUGAUAGACUGGGCUGGAUGGCUACCUCUCGGUUCUUACUUAGUUUACUGGAUGGCGGUGAUUAUCAUCAACGCGAGUUAAUUCUACUCAGCUAGUUCCCUUCAAUAAUGAGACCAUCAAGAUUGAUUCUCU